GUCACGUGACGAUCCAAGGGGCGGGGCGCGGGGGGGGUGGAGAAGGCGGCGAUGGAGGUGAUGAGGCUCGUGUGGAUAUUCCUGUGCCUUCUGCCCCGGGUCUCUGGCCUGGAUUUUGACCCGUACGCCGUCCUGGGGGUGGCUCGCUCCGCACCCCAGAGCGACAUCAAGAAGGCUUACAAGGCGCUCGCCCGCGAGUGGCAUCCAGACAAGAACCGGGAUCCGAAUGCGGAAGACCGGUUUGUGGAGAUCACUAAAGCCUACGAGGUCCUGUCCAAUGAGGAGAAGCGCUCGCAGUACGACCGGUUUGGCAGCGCACAUGGCGGAGGGGCUCAGUUCCAGCAGGGCGGCAACUUCCAUCAUCACGACCCGUUCUCCUCCUUCUUCGCACAUCCCUACUUCAGCUCCUUCUUCCAAGAGGAUGAGAGGCUGGACGGAGAGGAGCAGGUCGGAUGGCGUGCGUUCGAGGGGAGGCUGCUCAAGGCGAGCUCCCAGCGGCCUUUCAUGCUGCGUGUGACGUCACGAGCCUGCCUCGCCUGCCGGCAAAUGCUGCCUAUGUGGAAGAGCACAGCUCCGACGCUGCUUGGCUAUGGCGUGGGCGUGGGCAUGGUUGACGGGGACGUGGAUGCGCGCCUGGUGAUGAGGCUGGGCGUGCGCACGGUCCCCGCCGUGGUCGCGGUCCUGUCGGGGAAGAGCCACGUGUUCUCUGGGACGCUCUCCCGCGAUGCGCUGCUCUCUUACCUCGACUCGCUGCUGCCGUCCCAGCUCGUGCAGACGGUUGAUGCCGACUCAAUCGAGCCGUUCCUGCAGGGUGCCGUGAGUGACAGCAAGCCGCGCGCUCUGCUCUUCUCCGCACGCACGACACCGUCCCUGCUUUACAAGCUCACGGCAUUCGCGUACUGGGACUACGUGCGGUUCGGGUUCGCCUUCGGUUCCGGGGGACACCACAAGGAGACUCUGCGCCGCUUCGGGGUGAACGCGUUCUCCCCGACGCUGCUGCUCUUCAAAGAGAGCCCCGUGGAGCCCGCCGACAUCCUGCAGACGAAAGACAUCAACAGGGAGGCUCUGGAUGAAAUCAUCUCGAGGAACAAGUUCUUGGUGGUUCCCCGACUGACCAGUCAGAAGGUCUUUGAGGAGCUGUGCCCUGCUCGAGGGGCCUUCCAGCAGAACAGGCCGUGCGUGGUUCUGGUGUCGGAAGACUUGGCGCUCAUCUCUGGGCUUCUCAAUGCAGCCUCCAUGCAGGCCAAGGCGCAGUUCAUCCACGUGUCGCGGGACACGCAGCCCGACUUCACGAGGGCGCUCGCCAACGCUGUGGGCGCAACCGGGGAGAACAGCGUAAUUGCCGUUUGGCGAGAGAGUCCAUCUGGCAGGGCUGCUUGCGAGUUGGUGGCCGACCACUGGAAGGGCCUGGAAUGGGAUGUGCACUUCCUGCUGGAACGCGUCGAUGACAUCGUCGGCAGAGGAAUGAAAAAGCUCCCUUACUUGGCCACGUUGCCACAUCUACACGACGAGAACACUCCGAAUAUAAUAGUUCGUUGGUAUCGUGCACUUGAAGAUAUAUUCUCGGACAUUUGGUCAGAAAUGCAUCUGAUCCGAUGGCGGGAGCUCAUGCCAGUGCUCUCUCUCGUCUUCUCUGUCCUCUUUGUGCUCUUUGGAACCUUCAUCAUCAAUGCUUUCAGUGACACACCCAGCAGUGGCAGGGAGAGGGAACGGAGGCAGAGCCCUCAGAGUUCACCACGGCCGGCAACCUCCUCGCAAACACCGCCAGGCGGAGAGAACUUGGAACUAACGGAGCUGACGGGCGACCUUUGCUCGAGCUACUUGGGUGGCCUUCGUCCGGGUCAUAUGACCGUGCUACUGAUUGCCAUGGCACCGCAUCACUAUCUCUCGGUGUUCGCCUCCAUCAUGAAACCGUUUUCCCGCAACCGCUACCUGCACUUUGGCUUUGUAUCUCUGAAGAAGCACGCCGACUGGGUGAACGCGGUUCUCUCUGCCGCGGGAUGCGAGUCCCUGCCAGGGUGUGACCCUGCCGAGAUCACGCUGAGGAACGCGCCCGUGUGCGUGAUCGCCAUCAAUCCGCACCGCCGGUACUUCUGCAUCAUGCGCUCCAACCUGGAGUCGAGGAUAUCGCAGCAGGCCAGCACGGACGAUGACAAGAUGGCUUUUGCUGUCAUGAAUAAAGUUUUGAAAGAUGAACGUCGUCGCUCCUCUUCCACAUCGUCGUCUGAACCCGGAAACGAGAAAUCUGCUCGUCAGCAGUCGGCAGGCAUCUCCGCAGGCAGCUUGUUCCGGCCGGAGUGGGCACUGACCGGACUGGACACGUGGAUGGAGCGUCUCUUUGAAGGAACCUUGCCCAGAUACUACGUGUCCAAUUGGCCCGGCAUGUAGUUUUGAAGUACACUUCAAACGAACGUUCUUGUCUUUCCAUUCUAACAUCACCAGGUGAAUGUUUUUGGCAGACAUUUUCGUCAUGGUGAUUGCCUCCCAUAUUUUUUUUAACAGUACCGUUACACAAUGCGGUGUGGGUUUAUUUAACGUCCAUAUUAUCAACGGUUGGGUACAUACAGUGCGAAAGAAGUUCAACAUACAUACAUGCCAUCGCAUCUCCAGAUGCUCCACGGAAACGGCGGUGCGUAUUUAUUUUGUAGAAAGAAGCACACUCGGUCAUCAUAAGGAAGUUUUUGAGUCUCACGAUUUUCCUGCAGAGGGAUUUACUACUCUCAGUCAUAUAUAAAUAGGGAAUGCCCGCAAAAAUUUUGAUUCAUCCAAACAUUUUUUUCAAAAACAACAGAGGCUGUAAGAAGUUAGAGGGAUGGGCAAUAAUAUGAGCAAUAAUAUGAAUAAUAAGAGAGGAGACGGGUGUGGGGGAGAGAGGGAAAGGGAAGGGGAAAGCUCGGUCCAGGACUGGCAGAGCGGACAAAUGUGGAAGGUUAUGACGUGUGGUUGACGAGGUUAAACGGAGAUGACGGAGCAGUUGAGUGCCCGUGACAAAACUUGGUGUUUGUCUGCCACUGGGUAGAUAUGGGGGGGGAGGGGGGGUGUACGACAGGACAGAGGAAUGUGACGUACACAGAGGAAGUAUCCAGGCCGCAGUCAUUUUCUGGGCUUGAAACGCGAUUGUAAUGUGCGUCAGUGACGUUCCUCUGUCCCACUUGCACAUCUCGCCACGAUGCAGGAGUAGACGAACGCCAAAGUUUGUCGCGAUUAUAGGGGCUCGUUGGGAUGCAGCCACGCUCCCAAGGGACACCUUCACCGAGGCGCUUCACCAGCGCCGUGGGCCUGGCGUGGCUUGCGGAGCAUCUGCGUUCAAAAAAUCACGGCGACAAUUCCAAAGGCGCCAUCACUCGGCAAGCCAGUUACUGCGAGGGCUGCGCUAGCAAGUGACAAAACGUUUGUCAUCGGUCCAUUGUAAUGGGAAAUCGAUGUCAUGUCUUGUCACCUGUGGCUGUUCAAAUAGUGGCGACUCAACAGCUUAUCUUGUCUUCCUUACAAAUGGUGCAAGAUAGAGGGGAACAAUUUUACAGGUAGGAGCAACAGUUCCACACUGCCCACCAGGGAUUAUUUGUCUGUCAUGCAUAGCCACACCCUCGAUUCGUAAUUCAUAGAGCGCUUCGGGCGGGCUCGGCACCACGUGACGCGCCGCAUGACACGGAUCGCACGAAUGCGCUGUCCAACCAAGUUCCUACCUGCCCACUCCGAAGGAACGUGUUCUAAUCCAUAGUCAUUUUAUCGAUGGAAUGCCCUUUUUUAAGUCAAAUUUUUGGGGAAAUUAUAAGAGCAGUCGUGGCAAUGGCUAAAGACAGAAAUGUAUUGACAAAGUCUACUACCCUUGCACAGUAGAUUACGAGAAUAAAUGUAGAGGUCAAGGAUAUGAAGUGAAAAAAUCACAGAGUGGCGGUGGACUACAAAUUGUAUUGAAAGUUAGAGAGAACAAGUUGCGUCUUUAGUUUAGACUUACAACCAGGGUAGUUGCCUCUUUUAGGCCUCUUUAAAGGAUAAGAGGAACAAACACCAGAAUCGGAGGAUCUCGGAUUCCACGGAGGAGCUUGUGGGGUUAGUAGAUCAGUGAGGUAUGCAGGGCUAACGUCGCGAAGGGCUCGGUAGGUGAGAAGCAGAAUUGUGUAAUAGGUUUUUUUCUGGCAACAAAACUGAAACCUUUAUACAAGGAUUCAUGUCUGCAUUAACCACAAUACUUGCAGUCAAAAUGCAUACAAAAAACACACUGAUAAUAUAUGCAUUGUCCUUGAAACUGAUUGGUCCACACCAAGGGACGGCUCGAGCACCAAUUGGGUCGAGGCUCAAAAGAAAGCCGUCCCUUGGUGUGGACCAAUCAGUUUCAAGGACAAUGCAUAUAUUAUCAUAGUGUGUUUUUGUUUGCAUUUUGACUGCAAGUAUUGUGGUUAAUGCAGACAUGAAUCCUUGUAAAAAGGUUUCAGUUUUGUUGCCAGAAAAAAGGGGAAAACCCCUAUUAUAUUUUGGUACUGGCAAAGGAGGUCGAAUGAUGAGAUACAGAAUUGUUUACUUUGUUCGUGGCUUAUUAGGCAGCCAAUGGAGAACUAGGCAGGUGUGGUGUUGUGUCAUGGUUCUUGCACCAGCUGCAGCCUGUUAGUGGAGCAUUAUUGUGUGCAAAUACAAAUUGGAUGUAAAAAAAUGAUGUUGGUAUAUGGUCAGUUAGCAUGGAAACAUUGAACGGGCACAAAGCAUCGUAGAAAAGUAGCUGCAGUGGUUCCUGCCUCGUUAAUGGCAGGCGCAAGUCUUCCCAUUGCCGUUCUGCAGAUACAAUUGACCGCUGUCCUCCUGCGAUCCACUUUGAAGGUUGUCACGUGUCCGUGUGUGUUCAUGUUUACAUGGAAAAAUAUAAAUGUAUAUGGGUAAAAAUGGUAUUUAUUGAACGUAAAUAACUUAAACGUGGUUGAGUGUCAGUCUACACCAUGCACCCGUGGCUAACUUAGCGUGGCCAUUAGAUCCAAGCAGUAAUUGUAUGGUUGCUUUUAACGGCAAAAUUCUGAUAAUUUGACAUUCGUGCGGUGGCGAGGUAACCCCCCCCCCUAUCCCCCCAGGCAUGCUGCCGUUGUGGUGUCAUGGUUCGCACACGGAGGCGAUCCAGAGGUCGCUGGUUCGAUUUCGCGACGCGGCAGCUGCAAACAACGGGGCAAGUUUCUUUCCAAGCGGCAGUGUAAAACUGAUCAACCACAGUUAAUCGGUACGUCGCGUGAGCAUUGACAAUUGUUGGAGGCCCUUCCCGCCAGCAGUAGCGCAAGUACGCGAUUGCAGGGCUGCACCUUUACCUAAGGUGACUCCGGCUGAGAUCAGUUUUAGUCUUGGUGGAGAGUCCGCACGACAACGUGUGAUGCUGCCUCACUGCUGCGUGCGUGUGACUUUCAGCUGGUACAUCUAACAACAUAACUCGACAGCCCGUUAUUAACCUACUGCUGCUGCCGCCCUAACACCCUUUUACAGUCAAUUCAUCUCAAGCAUCCAACAUAUAUACAGUAAAACCUUGGAUUGCGAGCAUAAUUCGUUCUGGAAACGUGUUUGAAAUCCAAAGCACUCGUAUAUCAGUUGUGAUCACGUGAUGCUCGGUAGACAACGUAUACACGUACUACUCGUAUUGCAAGACCUCGCUCGUUUAUCAAAUUAAUAUUUAUUUAAAAAAUUGCUUGUCUUGCAAAACACUCGCAGACCAAGUUACUCGCAAUCCAAGGUUUACUGUAUAUGUUUUUAACACAAAUGGUAGUUACGCUGGAAUAGCUACUGCCCCAGUAACACCGCUUGGCAGCACCAUGCACGAUCGUCCUUGAAGCCUCCAGUCCAACUCAUCCCUCGUGCAUGGUGUAGAUGUUUCGUCUGCUAACAAAGUUUGCUGUGAUUUAACAUCGUAUAUUUUACAUUGUGGAAAAGAGUCGAUCCAAAAACCGUGUGUCAUCCGUAAUGAAAUCGCUGUCUGUAAAUAAAGUGUUGCGGUUUUUUUUAA